AUGGCCUCUACAUCACACCACAACUCGGAAACUGUUGUUCUUUCCCAAGCUCUUGAUGCUACAAAUAAACCAAUUGUUGCUGUAGAUAUUGAUGAAGUAUUGGCACCUUUUGUACCAUUAUUGAUUGAAUUUUAUAACAAACAUCAUUUACUUGAAGGACAAGAGCCAUUAACUAUGGAUUUGUUUCAUAAUUAUCAUUUUAGAUAUGUAUGGGGAGGAAGUGAAGAAAGAUCAAGAGAAAUUGUGAAUCAAUUUCUUGAAAGUGAUUUAUUUAUUAAUCAACCAAUGUUGGACAAGUCAUCAUUUAAUGUUUUACAAAAAUUAGGAGAAAAGUACAAGUUGGUUAUUGUCACAUCUAGACAAUACAAGAUUAAGAAUCAAACAGAAAAUCUUUUAAAGACAUAUUUUCCAGAAACAUUUGCUGAAAUUCUUUUAGGAAACCAUUAUGGUGACAAUGGAGAAACCCAAAUGUCUAAACCAGAAAUGUGUAAACAAUUGAAUGCAGUAUUACUUAUUGAUGAUUCUCUGAAAUAUUGUGAACAAUGUGUAAGUGAGAAAAUACCUGCCAUUCUAUUUGGAAAUUAUGCUUGGAAUAAAAAUACUGAACCAUUGGAUAAUGGGUGGAUCAUUAGGGUAGAUGGAUGGAGUCAAGUUGAACAAGCUGUAGAAAACAUGCUUAAACAACAUAAUCACAUAUAAACAUUUUAGAAUAAUUUUAACUAAACAACACAAAAAUAAUUG